CUGCAGCAGGACCUUGCAGCUCUGCGGAGCCACUCGGGCUGCUGCAGCUCCCGGUGCUGGCGCUGGAGAAGCAUGACCUUCCGCAGCUUGUCUCCUAAAGCACCCCGAGCUGGUCUGCGCUAGGGCCCGCUCUUCCUGCAGGCACAGCCGGGCAGGGUGGCUGGUUACCCUCGGUUCAUGUGAGAUGCUAGAUGUCACCUGCAGAAGAAGAGAGGAGCUUACCUCUUCCAGAGAGAUGGCCCCGAGCCAGCAAAUUCGCCCUGUCAGCCUGUGCAGCGGCUGUGGCAGAACUAGUGACAUUUCCCCUGGAUCUCACGAAAACCCGGCUGCAGAUCCAAGGUGAAGCUGCCGUGCGCCGCGGCGGAGCUGGGCCGGCGGUGCCGUACCGCGGGAUGCUGCGCACGGCGGCUGGAAUCGCGCAGGAGGAGGGGGUUCGGAAGCUCUGGCAAGGAGCCACGCCGGCCGUCUACCGCCACAUAGUAUACACUGGUGUUCGGAUGGUUACUUAUGAACAUCUCCGUGACUCCGUGCUUGGCAAGGCAGAGGGUGAAAGCUUUCCUCUCUGGAAAGCUGUGGUGGGAGGCAUAUCUGCAGGUGCCGUUGGACAGUUUUUUGCGAGCCCAACUGAUCUGGUGAAGGUGCAGAUGCAGAUGGAGGGAAAAAGGAAGUUGGAAGGAAAGCCGUUACGGUUUCGGGGUGUGCACCACGCAUUUCUGAAGAUCCUGUCUGAAGGAGGAGUAAGGGGACUUUGGGCUGGAUGGGUACCAAAUGUCCAGAGAGCUGCUCUGGUGAACAUGGGAGAUCUGACCACUUAUGACACAGUGAAACAAUUCUUGCUUCUGAACACGACACUUCUGGACAAUAGUGUGACUCACAGCGUCAGCAGUGCCUGCUCUGGGCUGGUAGCAGCUGUUCUGGGAACUCCUGCUGACGUGGUCAAAACCCGGAUAAUGAACCAGCCAAGAGAUAAGCAGGGAAGAGGUCUGCUCUAUAAAUCUUCCAUGGACUGCUUGAUUCAAACUGUCCAGGGUGAAGGGUUUAUGUCUCUCUACAAAGGCUUUACACCAACUUGGAUGCGAAUGGCACCUUGGUCACUGGUAUUCUGGCUUACAUAUGAACAAAUCAGAAGGCUGUGUGGAGUUACUUCUUUUUAAAACCUUCAAUAUUCACAGAGAGGAGUCAAGAAGCUGAAUUCUCAUUCCACACGGUAGUAGGAUCACAUGCAUAGCUUGUUGCUCCAAGUCCAGUCCUUACUGUUUGGGAACAGCCAUGAUUUAAGGAUACUAUCUGAUUGUCAGACUGCUCCAUGAAAUUUAUAUUAUCCACAGGAUAAAAUUGUCACAACAACACUUCAGCUAGCAGCCAACAUCAGCUUUCCAAACCAGCAACAGGAAUAAAAAAAAUCCUACCAAGCAAACAGAACAUAAUACUGUCUGUUUGAUAAUGGAGAUGGUUUCUGUUGUUAAAGACAAGAGCAGCUUGAUCAAUGCACUGAACAAGUUCUGUGGCUAAGCAACUAUAAAAUUAUUUGGGAAUUUUUGUUGUAAACUGCAUUUGCACACAGAUAAAGAACUACCUCUCGUUAGUUUGAUGUGCCAGCAAACCAAACCUGUAGUGCUAUGUAUUUAAAAAAGAUAAAAGCAGUUUACCUGAUUCCAAAUAUGCUUUGCACAAAAAGUGGAAGGGUUUGUGCUCCUCUAACUUCCCAGAGACUACCUGGCCUCUCCACUCAACUCUUUGAGUAAAGAUCAUGACUGAAGUGCAGUCCUGUUCCCAGAAAAUCAAAAGCCUAGUUUGCUCUGCAAUGCUCGAAGGUCUCAGGAUACUCCACAGGACAAAGCUGAACUGCUUGUCCUGUGACAGUCUCGGUGCUGAUGUGCAGACUGGGUCAUUUUCCAUGGAAAUGUGCACUCUGCCCACUUUAAGUCUCGAUGGAAAUACAACGUUCUCUUCAGUAAUGCAAAAUGUUUGAUCAAGAGUGAUUUAUUUAUUUUUAAACCUAAGGCCUUCCAGAUUUCAUAGAGAAGGAGGCUAGUGCUGUUUGUCACUACAUUCACCUUUGGCAAUCAGGAGUCAAAAAUGCAGUAUCAAAAGCAGCCAUGAGUAGAUAAAACAAAGCUGGCUUUGAUUUAGUAAUAUCUAAUAAUUGAGUUAAUGUAGAAAAUGUGGCUCUGAAUAAAUACCUAGGAUUUCUUCUAGUCUUUGCAA